CAAGUUCUUCAAAGUAUUUCACCCCGCUUCCAGCUCUCACCAACUAUCCAUACCACCAGAUUUUGUCAGGCAUUUCAAUGGAAGGAUACCAGAAAAGGUAUAUUUCAUUGAUGAUGCUAGAAAAUCAUGGUGUGUCCAACUAGAAGAAAUUGGUGGGCACGUGUUGUUCACAAAUGGCUGGGAAUGCUUUAAACGUGCUCAUUUUUUGAAUUUUGGGGACUUCCUAAUCUUCCGAUACAAUAGAAGUUCCUCAUUUGAAGUGGAGAUAUUCGAUAGACGAGGAUGCAUGAAGGAAGAACCAAUAGAUAUUUGUGAGAGUACUCCUGCUGACGAUAAAUUGGAACAAGAUUAUAAUAUUGCAGAGCAAGAUGAGGAAGGCGAUUCAUCUGAAGUUAGUGGGCAUAAAUCAACAAAUCUUGAAAAAAACAACACCCCUGAAGUGAUAGCUCAACUUGUAGCAUCAAAGACUCCACACUUUGUGCUGAGCAAUACUAGUCAUACACUAACUACCGUGUACAUUCAUACAUCAGUGGUAAAAGCAUUUAACAUUGCACUAAAACCAGAGAUUGUGCUUCGUGAUCAAAAUGGAAACGCCUGGCAUGCGAGAAUCCUAUUCAAAGAAGAUGGCCGAAUAGCCAUUGGUUGUGGGUGGUCUUAUUUCGCGAAAAACAAUGUGAAAGUUGGAGACCAAUGCGUGUUUGAAUUUGUCCUUCAGAGAGGAAAUACAUGUGAAGAAAUACUUGUUCAUGUUCUUCGUGGAAAUGCAAGAAUGAAGAAGCCCUCUAGCCAUUGGCAUUGGCACAGACAUGUUAGGAAACGCAAGAAUAGAGAAGCGCUCUAG